CCCAAGUUGGGUUUCCUCCACUACACUCUGAGGGGGAAAUCACGUCAGUCCGGUUUCUAAACUGUCUUCUCAGUGCUUCGUCCUGUCGCUCAAUGCCCGGUCACCUACGAGUGUCUGCGGCUGCCGGGAGACUACAAUUCCCAGCAUACUCAGCGCAGGAAAGGAUGACCCGAGUCAGCGGCUCCACGUGACUACUCACUAUGGCUUCCCUGUGUCCGAGCCAGCUGUCUGGUGGUUCGGCGUGAUAUGUUAGUUUUUUGAGGCAGGGUACCACCGAAACGAUUUCGACAUGCAAAAAAUAAAAUCUCUUAUGAUCCGACAGGGUCUGAAAAGCCCUCCAGAAAGCCUUAGUGAUCUUGGUGCCAUUGAGAGUCUCCGGGUCCCUGGAAAGGAGGAAUUUCGAGAACUUCGAGAACAGCCUAGUGACCCUCAAGCUGAACAAGAAUUAAUUAAUAGUAUUGAACAAGUAUAUUUUUCUACGGACUCAUUUGAUAUUGUUAAAUAUGAGCUGGAGAAACUCCCUCCUGUUCUCAAUUUGCAAGAAUUAGAGGAAUACAGAGACAAAUUGAAACAACAGCAAGCUGCAGUCUCUAAAAAAGUAGCUGAUUUAAUUCUUGAAAAACAGCCUGCUUAUGUAAAGGAACUUGAAAGAGUUACCUCAUUACAGACAGGUCUUCAGUUAGCUGCUGUUAUCUGCACAAAUGGGAGGAGACACUUGAAUAUUGCCAAGGAAGGUUUUACUCAAGCUAGUUUAGGACUUCUUGCAAAUCAAAGGAAACGUCAGUUACUGAUUGGACUUCUGAAAUCUCUGAGAACUAUAAAAACAUUGCAAAGAACAGAUGUGCGCUUAAGUGAAAUGCUGGAGGAGGAAGACUAUCCAGGAGCUAUUCAGUUGUGCCUGGAAUGUCAGAAAGCCGCCAGCACUUUUAAACAUUACAGUUGCAUAAGUGAAUUGAAUUCAAAGCUUCAAGAUACUUUAGAACAAAUUGAGGAACAGUUGGAUGUUGCUCUUUCCAAAAUCUGCAAGAAUUUUGACAUUAACCAUUACACCAAGGUUCAGCAGGCUUAUCGACUUCUUGGAAAAACACAGACAGCAAUGGAUCAACUUCACAUGCACUUCACUCAAGCCAUUCAUAAUACUGUGUUUCAAGUUGUUCUUGGUUAUGUGGAGCUAUGUUCAGGAAACACAGAUACAAAAUUCCAAAAGCUGCAAUAUAAGGAUCUCUGUACCCAUGUUACACCAGACAGCUAUAUUCCAUGCCUUGCUGACCUGUGCAAAGCACUGUGGGAAGUUAUGCUCAGCUAUUACAGGACUAUGGAAUGGCAUGAAAAGCAUGACAGUGAAGAUACUACUUCUGCUUCUGAAGGGAGUAAUAUGGGUACUGAAGAAACUAAUUUUGAUCGUGGCUACAUAAAAAAGAAAUUAGAACAUGGACUUACACGAAUAUGGCAGGAUGUUCAGCUAAAAGUAAAAACCUAUUUGCUUGGAACAGAUUUAUCUAUAUUUAAAUAUGAUGAUUUCAUCUUUGUUUUGGAUAUAAUCAGCAGGUUGAUGCAAGUUGGAGAAGAAUUUUGUGGUAGCAAAUCUGAAGUUUUACAAGAGUCCAUUAGAAAACAGAGUGUCAAUUAUUUUAAGAACUACCAUAGUGGUGCAAUGAAAAGAACAAGAUUUGGAAAUUAGGGUCCCUCUGCUGUCUACUAAUCGUGACCUUGUGACCCUUCACAAGUGGAUUGAUAUUGCCUACGGCCCUCUGUGGCCAUAUUUUUAAAACAAGCCUGCCUUUAUUGCAUACAGUUUAGUUAGGGGAAUGAGAGGAUUGUUAAGAUUUUUUUCUUUUGGAAAAAAUUUAUUACAGUGUAAUAUAAAAUGUACACAUCUUAAUGUACAACUCCAUAAAUUUUAACAUAUAUUUAUACCAUAUAAACCACCUGGGUUAAGACACAGAAUUUUUCCACUGCCCUGGAAGGAUCUCUUCUGUCCCUUCUCAUUCAGAACCAUCCUUAGAGAUAACUGCUAUUUUGGCUUCUAUCACUAUUGAGUCUUGCCUGCUUUUAGCAUUGUAUAAAUAUUUUUUAUGCCAUUCUGAAUUGUUUUGCUUUUUUUUGUUUUUGUUUCUGUUUUUGUUUUUUUGCUUUUUAUUUAAAGUUUACAGUUAUUUCUUGCACAUACUCAUACAUGUAUACACAUACACAUAUAUGCAUAUUUAAGCUGAUUUAGGAUAUUGACCUGAAAUUCCUGUGAUCUGGUGGUUAAAGCAUUUUAUUAAACCUAAUAAUUAGUUGGGAGAUUCUUUUGAAUUUUCUAUAUAUACAGCUAUGCCAUUUGUGAAUAAUGAUGGUUUUAUGUAUUCAUUUCUAAUCUUUAUACUGGUUAGGACUUCUGGUACGCUUUUGAGUAGAAGUGGUGACAAGGGGCAUCUUUAUUGUGCAGUGCUUUGUCAAUAGGUAUGAUAUUUGUGGAAGGCUUUUAUAGAUACUCUGUGUCAGAUUAAAGAAAUUCCUAAGAGACAAAGUGUACUUUAAGUCAAGAGGUAUUGCUAAAAAUAAAGAGAAUACUUUCAUAAUGAUAAGAGAGUAUUCAUUAGGAAGAUAAAACAAUCUUAAAUUUGUAUGCCUAUACUGACAUAACUCCAAGACAUAUAAAGCAAAAUAUGUAGACUAAAAGGAGAAAUAGAUAGUUCUAUAAUACUAGAAUUUUUUUGUGUGCCACUUUAAGUGAUUGAUAAUGGAAGCAAAAAAAAGUCACUAAGGAUAUGUGUUUGACCAACAUAUUCAAUAACAUUUGCCUCUUUUUUAUGUGUAUGUGUGUGUGUAUGUGUGUGUGUCCUUGCCUGUGUGAGAGACAAAACAAUUGCAGAGUAGAUAUUUUUUUCAAAGGCAGACAGGAGUUUAUCAAAAUCAAUCAUCCACUGUGCCAUAAAGCAAGUUCUUUAAAAAUGUCACAGGAUUGAAAUCACAGAGUUUACAUUCUCUGACCACAGUGAAAUUAAACUAGAAGUAAAUGACAGAGAUAACAAGAAAAUGCACCCAUAUUUGAAAAUUAAGCAACCUAUUUCCAGUGAUCAAAGAAGAAAACAUAUAGGAGUCAGAAAAUCUUUUUAAAUGAAUAAUAGUAAUAAUAAAACCAUGGCAUCAAAGUUACGGGAUUCAUAGCAGAAGGGAAAAUUUCUAGCUGUAAGUGCACUUUUUGGAAAAGAGGAAAGUUUGAAAAUUAGUGCCUUAACUUUCCAUUUCAAGAAGUUACAAAAGUGACAGUGAAUUAAACAAAAGGAAAGAGAGGGAGGAAAAUUAUAGAGCAGAAAUCAAUGAAAUAAAAAGCAAAUAUGUAAUAGAAUUCUAUACUAGCAAGACUGAACAAAAAGAAAAAAAAAGAUACAAAUUACCAAUAUCAGCAGGACUUUAUCUAUAGAUCCUAUACAUUAAAAAUGUAAUAGUAUAUCAACUGUUCCUCAAUUAAAAAAAAAGAAUGCAGUAAAUGUGUAGUGAUAUAGAUAUAUCAUAAAAUGAUAGGAACAACUUUAUCCUAAUAAAAUUGACAAUGUAGAUGAAUUGAACAAAUUUCUUAUAAAACCAACUUAAGCUGACAAAAAUAAAAUACAGAAUAUCUGCUAGACUGUGUCUUUUAAAGAAAUUAACUCUAUACUUAUUUAUUUAUUUACUUACUUUUUUAGAAUUUAUUUAUUUAUUUGACAGAGAGAGAUCACAAGUAGGCAGAGAGGCAGGCAGAGAGAGAGAGAGAGAGAGAGAAGGAAGCAGGCUCUCCGCCAAGCAGAGAGCCAGUUGCGGGAUUCAAUCCCAGGACCCUGAGAUCAUGACCUGAGCUGAAGGCAGAAACUUAACCCACUGAGCCACCCAGGUGCCCGACUCUAUACUUUUUUAAAAAAAUAUUUCAUCUCUAGCCUGCUGCCUUCUGUGGUAAAUUCUAUCCAGCAUUUAAAGAGAAAUAUCAAUGCCAACUCUUUCAGAGAACAGAGAAAGAGAAUACUUCCUAACUUACUUUAUGAAGCCAGCAUAACACUGAUACCAAAACAUAACAAGGACAUUACAAAAAAGAAAAAUUAUAGGGAAAUGUCUCUUAAGAAUGUGGAACACUACAUCAAAAACUAAUGAUGUACUGUAUGGUGACCAACAUAACACAAUAAAAAAUAUAUAUAUAAUCACCUAGGAGGUUUUUUAUAGGCAUUUGAUGACUUCCAAGUGAAUAAACGUCAUAUGUUAGUGUCUUAAAAAAAAAAAAAAAGAACAUAGAUGUAAAAAUUCUAAACAGAUAUUAGCAAAUUACAGUCAAUGAUAUCUAAAAAGGAUAAUGACAUCACAAACAGUAAUAGUAUAGGAGAAAAAAGGUUAGCUGAAUAUUUAAUAUUAAUUUAAUUUACCAGUUAGCAGAAGAUAGGGAAAAAAUCCCAUAAGGAUUAUCAUAGUAGAUGAAGAAAAAAAAUUUGAUAAAAAUUCCACCCUGUUUCAUAAUUAUAAGAAAUCAUGCUUGUAAUUUUUACUUUCAAAUUAUGGCCUUGUAUUUAAAGUGUGUGUCUUACUUUGUUUGUUGUUGUUGUUUUUAAAUCCAGUCUGAUGUAUUUUGUUUGAACUAGUUGGUUUUUUUUCCUGUUUCUAUUUAAUGUAUUUAUUGGUAUAGUUGUGUUUAAGUCCAUCAUAUUGCUGUUUUAUAUCUACAAGUCUUAAUCUUUUUACAUUUAUAUUUUGUCUUCCUUUAUUUUGGAUUGAUCAUGCAUAUUUUUUAGUUUAAUACUAUUUGGUUUCUCAGUUAGCCUUUUAAAAAUAGAUUCUUUGAAAAACAAUCUGAGGGGUUUGAAGUAGCGGGGGGGUGGGAGGUUGGGGUACCAGGAGGUGGCUAUUGUAGAGGGCACGGAUUGCAUGGAGCACUGGGUGUGGUGAAAAAAUAAUGAAUACUGUUAUGCUGAAAAUAAAUAAAUUUAAUUAAAAAAAUAGAUUCUUGUAGUGGUUACUGUCUUUUCAGUAUGCACCCCUAUUCUGUUAUUGUUGACCAUAGGUUAGUUUAGUGGAAUA